UCUUAAUUAUUGCUGCAGGACAUCUUCACAGAAAUAUGCACCUUUAGACUGGUCAGAUUAUUUCGAUCGAGAAGAUGAUAUUCAGAUCCCGGACUCAGACGAUGUAUUUCAUGUUUAUAUGGCAGGGACUGAAGGGCCUGUUGUUUUUUGCCUGCAUGGUGGUGGUUAUUGCGGGCUCUCAUUUGCAUUGGCAGCAAGCAAACUUAAGGAGAAAGCUAGGAUAGUAGCCAUGGAUCUCAGGGGACAUGGAAAGUCAGCUACACAAAAUGACGUUGAUUUGUCCAUUGAGACGCUAUGCGGUGAUGUGUUCGCUGUUUUGAAGACAUUGUAUGGAGAUGCUCCGCCUGCAAUUGUGCUUGUUGGCCACAGUAUGGGAGGUGCAGUUGCAGUUCACGUUGCUGCAAAAAAAUCACUUCCAAGUUUGGCUGGCUUGGUGGUUGUGGACGUUUUAUCAGGGUUAGCAAUGGCAUCGUUGAUUCAUAUGCAGAAGAUUCUGUCGAACAGAAUGCAGCAUUUCUCUACCCCUGAAAAAGCGAUUGAAUGGAGUGUCAAAUCAGGCUCUUUGAGAAAUAUUGACUCUGCUCGUGUAUCAAUCCCCAACACAUUGAAAUAUGAUGAAUCAAAAAAAUGUUACACGCAUAGAGCAAGACUGGAAGAAACUGAGCAGUAUUGGAGAGAAUGGUACGAAGGCCUUUCAGAAAAGUUUUUGUCAUCUCCUGUUCCAAAGAUAUUGCUGUUAGCUGGGACAGACAGACUUGACAGGUUGUGUACUUCUCUCUGUAUCGAAGGUCAUGUGGAAUUCUAUAAUUGCAUAUGCUUGUUAGCAUGCAUGCGAAGC